AUGAUGCUGAACGCCGUGUUAAUUACCUUAUCCCUAGUCACAUACACUCAAACCAGUCCUGUUAUAACUCGCGAGUACUUACUAAAAAAGCAAGCACAUCAAGCUCACUUCUGCUCCAAUUUAAUACAUUUCAACAAUAUCUUCUAUUCAAUAGACGAACCCAAAAAUGUGUCCGGCAUACCAGCAGAUAUGAGUAUUCAUUGGAAAACCGGAAAUAUAUAUUACACGCUUAUAAGCGACGAAAUGAAAAUGAGCUUACAAGUUAUACAUCCUAGUGGUGAAAUUGAACCUCUGAAAGUGUCUGGCUUAGGUCAAUCAACGACCGUUGAUAACCUUAAUGAUAUAGUAUAUCUCGCUACUGAUAAUGGCGUAUAUAAAUAUAAAGAGGACGGCUCAAUCGAACUAUAUACAGCUUUAGGAGAAGACGUUAUGUACUUAGCAGUUUCGAAUGAUGGCAACACAAUGUAUAUUGCUACAUGGCCACAAAAUCGUGUCCAAAAAGUAACUAAUGACGGUCAAAAACAAGAAACUUUUCCAUCCAUCCCAAACGGACACGGUAUCACUGUAGAUACUAGGAAUAAUAUAUUUUUCGUAGCAACAAAGACAUCGUAUGUGCUAAAGAAUGGUCAAAAUGUUGCUAUAAAAAUAAAAGGGUUGCCCAGUGAAAGGAUGACCAAUGUUUUUGUUAGUCGUUCAGAUGAGAUAUAUGCGAUGGAUGAAAAUAGUAAUUUAUAUAGCAUUGAUGCUGAAAACGCUAGUGCAAAACAUUUAGGAACUUUCAAUGUGACUGGAGUAAAUGCAUUUGGUAUGGAUUCAGCUGAUAAUAUUCUCAUUGGAAUAAAAGGCUGUAUUAUGAAAUUCAAAGCGUACGAAAAAAAUCCGUGCAGCAAUCACGAAAAGCAACAAAAACGGAACAAAGUUGGAAAAAGACACAGCAGACGUCGCAAGCAUCGACGUACCACAUCAACUACAACUACCACUGAAUCAAAUGAUGAAUAUGAGGAU